UCUGAACGAAUCUGACGGAUGUGUGACCGUAUUCUGAUAUUCUCUCUAGUUUCUGUGAUCUUAUUUGUAAUUUGAUUACUUGUGUGUAUUGUUUUGGUUUUGAAUUCAAUUACAGAGUAUUUUCAUUCAUGUGACCUAAAAAGUGGGCGACUACAUAACGCUCAAUGAUCUACGAUAUUUAUUUAUGUGAUUGAGAAACAUUUGUGAAUCUCAUUAUAUGCAGUCCUCAAGGCAUGGUAGACUUCCAUUAGUUCUGUAAACAUGCAUUUUUCUAUUCCUGAUCUGCAGCAGUUCCAUGACGACAAUGGGAUCUCUUACACGGGGUACAAUAUUUACAUUGAUGGUUUUUUCCACUGCACCGCUCGCUAUAAGCAACUCCUCAGUUUACAUGAGCAGUUGCAGGCACAAAAUCCGUUCUUCAAAUUGCCACAAUUCCCGCCGAAAAAAUUGUUCCUUACUAGUUCACAGCUGGAAGAGAGAAGAGUUCUAUUAGAAAAAUAUAUACAAUUAGUUGGCCAAAAUCCUAUUUUAGCAAAUUCCGAUCUUUUAAUUACAUUCCUCUUUUCUGCUCAACAAGAAACACAUUCUGUGAAAAUGCAUGAAGUGGAUAUUGAAAUCUCACUAAUGAAUGGCUAUAGAAUACCACUUUCAGUAUCAUCUAUAGACUCAUCCAGUACAAUACUUGAUAUCUCUUGUAAUUACAUCAAUAUGCCAAAAGAAUUGACUAAAUAUUUCUCAUUAUAUCUCAUCAAUUGGAGUUGUGCGAAAGAUGCUCAACCUGCACUUAAAAAGUUAGAAGAAUAUGAAUCUCCGUACAUAUCGCAAAAGUAUGUAAGGCCGGAAGAUAAAAUUGUUUUGAGGAAAUGCUAUUGGGACCCUUGUUAUGAUGUUGAUCUGAUGAUAGACCGAGUGUCAUUAGACUUAUUGUAUUUACAAAUUAUAGAGGACUUAGAUUUAGGAUGGAUCACAGCAGAUUUACAAACUAAGGAUAUUUUAUCAUCAUAUGAAUCAAAGAAACAGAAGAGAGAGUACAUAGAACUGGCGAGGACUUUGCGCCACUAUGGGAGGAUACCUGCAGGGGAAGCGAUCACGGAUGCUGAAAACGUUGGUGCAAGUGGCGACAUGGUCAGAGUUAGUGUGUCACUGGCAUCCAAGGAGUUGACAUUGACGAGUAAAGCCAUCCCGACGCGGGAACAAAGGUUCAAGGUCACAAGAAUGAGAUGCUGGAGAAUCACUACAUUACAUACAAUGGACAGACCACAAACAAACGGCCAUGGAUCAUUACUCGAGGAGUCCAAUAAAAACUUUGAGCUGUCCUUUGAAUAUCUAAUCAGCAAAGACAAUUUGAAAUGGAUAACUUUGAAAACGGAACACGCCACUUUUAUAAGUGUUUGCUUGCAGUCGAUAGUUGACGAACUAAUGCGGCAGAAGAAUGGCUCAGGGCCAGUGUCACCACGAUGCGGCAAACGCGGCAGUCUCACGUAUCUGCGUCGAGAUGGCUCCAGUCAGCUCAUCACGCCGUCCUCUUCCAGCGACACGCUCAGCUCCGCUAAUGGAGAUUCCUAUACAUCAGGAAGUUCAAGGGAGAUAUUUUCAGUACAAAGACUCACGGAAAAAUUUGCGUCUGUCGCAUUCAAAUCUGGCAGAGACUGUGUGGAGAAUAAUGCCUUUGAAGCAAUUGGGGAUGAGGAAUUGUAAGAUCUUUUUUACAUUACAAUUUGUAUGGUCCAAAGAUUUUCAUCACUGCAAGCAAAGUUGCCAAUAUUCGUGUAGCCAUAAUGUGUAUAUAUUGUUUACGUUAAGUAAAUGUACCAUCUCUCUCUAAGUCUCUAGACAGGUACAUUAAGAGUGUUCCUACCAUAAGACGUAGGAAAAACCUUCAGCCUCCUUCAGAAUUUUUCAAGUAUUUCUCCACUGUUACGUACAAAUUAGAUUAUUAUUGAUCAUGGAACAGAUUACGGACUUUAGCACUAACAUUUUUGAUGUGUUACAUAUUUUACUAUGAAUGUUUCUAAUCCUUUUUUUACAAUCAAAUUACAAUAUUUUAGUUUUAAUAUACAAUUUUCGUUAAUGUGUUACACUGUAACCAUUGCUUCAAGUUCCUAUUUUGUGUUA